AGUGUCAAGGUUUGCUGCUUGCUCUUGAGGAGGAAACUUCCUGGCUUGUCGGUUGUUAAGAAAUCAUUCGAGUCAGAAUAUCUGUUCUGUGCCAACCAGGAUGGUCCGGCGAGUGGCCGUGAUAGGAGCGGGGGUGAGUGGCCUGUCCUCCAUCAAAUGCUGCCUGGAUGAGGGCCUGGAGCCCACCUGCUUUGAGAGGAGCAAGGACUUCGGGGGACUCUGGAAGUUCACUGAUAGCUCUGAAGAUGGAAUGACCAGGGUAUACAGAUCACUGGUGACUAACGUCUGCAAGGAAAUGUCCUGCUACAGCGACUUCCCCUUCCACGAGGAUUAUCCCAACUUCAUGAGCCACGAGAAAUUCUGGAACUAUCUUCGAGAAUUUGCGGAACACUUUGACCUUCUGAAGUACAUUCGUUUCCAGACCACAGUCUGCAGCGUCACCAGGUGCCCAGACUUCACCGAAACCGGCCAGUGGGAAGUGGUGACAGAGACGGAGGGCAAGCAGGACAGAGCUGUCUUCGACGCGGUGAUGGUGUGCACGGGACACUACCUGAGCCCUCACUUACCUUCCUUCCCGGGAAUCCAUCAGUUCAGAGGCCAGGUGAUGCACAGUCAGGAGUAUAAGACCCCAGAAGGCUUCCAGGGCAAAUGCGUCCUGGUGGUCGGUCUGGGGAACACGGGAGGGGACAUCUCUGUGGAACUCGGGCGGUCCGGAGCUCAGGUACUUCUCAGUACUAGAACUGGUACCUGGGUCCUUGGCCGAGAUUCCCACGGGGGUUACCCGUAUAAUAUGAUGAUUACGAGAAGAUAUCAGAACUUUCUUACUCAAAUGCUGCCUCCGAGUAUUCUAAAGCGGAUCCAAGAGAGACAGAGGAGUAAAAGAUUUAACCAUGAGAUUUACGGCUUGAGUAUUACCAAGGGGAAAAAACCCAAAGUCAUCAUCAACGACGAGCUUCCCACCUGCAUCCUCUGCGGCGUGGUGGCCGUGAAAGGUGGCGUGAGGGAGUUUGGCGCCACGUCGGUGGUCUUCGAGGACGGCUCGGAGGAGCGCGUGGACGCCGUGAUCUUCGCCACGGGCUACGACUUCUCCUUCCCCUUCCUGGAGGAGCCGCUGCAAAGCCUCUGUGCCAAGAAGCUGUUUCUGCACAAGUUCGUCUUCCCCGUCAGCCUGGACAGAGCCACGCUGGCCAUCAUCGGCCUCAUCGGUCUCCAAGGGUCCAUCCUGGCCGGCACAGAGCUCCAGGCUCGAUGGGUCACCAGGGUAUUCAAAGGACUCUGCUCCAUCCCCCCGGCCCCCAAACUUAUGGCGGAGGCAACUAAGAAGCAGCAACUCAUAGAAAGCGGUGCCAUUGAAGAUACCUCCCAGGACAAGCUCAACUUUAUCAACUACCUGGACGAGCUGGCCACCCGCAUCGGCGCCAAGCCCAGCCUGCUUCUCUUCCUCAGUGACCCCCGGCUGGCCUGGCACGUUUUCUUUGGGCCCUGCAGCCCGUACCAGUACCGCCUCCGGGGCCCCGGCAAGUGGGCCGGCGCCCGACGAGCCAUCCUCACGCAGUGGGACAGGGCCCUGAAGCCCCUGCAGACCCGCAGGGUCCUUGCUGCCCCCGGGGGGCACCCCUUCGGAGUCUGGGGUGCCUCCCUCCUGCUCGCCUCGCUCCUGCUGCUCUGCCGGUCCUCCCCCUUCAUGGUGCUGCUGAGAGAGAAGCUGCAGGAGAGAAUCUCCCUGCAGCGACUGAGGAUGUGGUGA